UUUUACAGAGAGACAAAGUGAGUGAAUGAAUUCUCGAGGAGACGUGUACGUAGAGGUGUAUAUAUAGAAAACAUAAAGAAAGAGAAGACAGAGACAAGUGUUGGGGUCAUCUAAGUAGUGACCUUUUGUGGUUGGAUUUGGUUUGGACUAUCUAAUCGUUAUCUUCCCGCUUCUUCUCUUCUUUGAAUCUCUCUUCUUACUUCUUCUUCAACCCUUAAAGAGUUGAGAGAGAUGUGAGUGAUUGUUUUUGGUGUUAGAAAAUGGAUACACCGCAAAAGAGUGUAACCCAGAUCGGGACUCCAGUUUCUAAACUCAAAGUCGAGGAUUCACCAGUGUUUAAUUACAUAUGCAGUCUCUCACCAAUUAAGACUCUCAAAUCAAUUCCAAUCACUCAAACGUUAAGCUCUCUCAAUUUCACAUCUCCACCUUCUGUUUUCACUUCCCCUCACGCGGUUUCUCAUAAAGAAUCUCGUUUCAGAAGUCAAAAAGAUGGGUCUGCUUCUAAAGAAGUUGCUUCCAUUGGAGAAGAAGGAAAUGAAGAAGCUUUAGUUGAAAAUAGCGAACCGGCGCAAAGUCACAAGAAUGACUGCAAUACUCCUAGAGUUAGCAAUGAUGUGAGAGGCAAUGGUUGUUGUGAAGAUAGUGGGAAGGAUUUGCAGAAGAUGAUGGACAAUGUCAAGAAGAAAAGUGAUACUCCAGAUUGGGAAACUUUGAUUUCUGCUACAACAGAACUAAUUUACGGCUCACCGAGGGAGUCAGAGGCUUUUAGUUGCUUGUUGAAGAAAACUUCAAACUCUGAAGCACGUUUACGUGGUGGUACAAUGCCAACAUCAAAGCCUGUUUCGAAUACCAAUGUAGGCAAUAAUGAAUCUGAGUCUGUUGAUGCUCUUUCGAUCUUGCACCGUGGUGUGAGAAGACGGUGUUUAGACUUUGAGAUUCCCGGGAAUAAUCAGCAAACAGUGGGUGAAUCUUCAUCGAGUUGUGUAGUACCUAGCAUUGGUCUGCAUCUUAACGCCGUUGCAAUGCCCUCUAAGGAUAACAAUGUUGCUAAUGAGUACUCAUUUUCCGUAAACAUGAAAGUCGGUUUGCAAAGUUCUACCACUCCGCUUCUUCAGUCGCAGCACGACAGUGUGAGAGAAAAUGAAACCGGGAAAGAUGCUAGUAAAGUUAUAGAAGUGGUUCCAAAGUCUUCAGGUUUAGUAGAAUUGACUCCAAUAAGCCCCAAGAAAAAAAGGCGUAAGUCCGAACAAUCAGGAGAAGGCGGGUCGUCAUGUAAACGGUGUAACUGCAAAAAAUCCAAGUGUUUGAAGCUUUACUGUGAAUGCUUUGCUGCUGGAGUUUAUUGCAUAGAGCCAUGUUCAUGUAUAGAUUGCUUCAAUAAACCUAUCCAUGAAGACGUUGUCCUAGCUACUCGUAAACAGAUUGAAUCCCGCAAUCCGCUUGCAUUUGCUCCAAAAGUUAUCAGAAACUCGGAUUCCAUCAUUGAAGUUGGUGAGGAUGCAAGUAAAACUCCAGCUUCAGCGCGACACAAACGUGGCUGUAACUGCAAGAAAUCAAACUGUCUGAAGAAAUACUGUGAAUGCUAUCAGGGCGGAGUCGGCUGUUCUAUAAACUGUAGAUGUGAAGGAUGUAAAAAUGCAUUUGGCAGAAAAGAUGGGUCUUUGUUCGAACAAGAUGAGGAAAACGAAACAUCUGGCAAAAGCGGAACAAUGAAAAAACAACAGAAUGUUGAGUUGUUCAUUCCUGCUGCUCAACCUUCAACACCAAUGCCAAUAAGACAACCACUGGCUCAACUUCCACUCUCAUCCAACAACAGACUACUUCCCCCACAGUCUCAUUUUCAUCAUGGAGCUAUUGGAUCAUCUUCUUCAGGGAUAUACAACAUCAGAAAACCAGACAUGAGUUUGUUGUCACAUUCAAGGAUUGAGACAAUCACAGAAGAUAUUGAUGAUGAUAUGUCCGAGAAUCUAAUCCAUUCUCCAAUAGCUAACAUCAAUAGUCUAUCUCCCAACAGCAAAAGGGUUUCUUUGGCUCAUCUUGAUUCAUCAGAGUCGUCUCCAUGGAGAAGAACUGGUGGCAGGAAUCUGAUACGUUCGUUUCCAACGUUUCCUUCUCUCACUCCACACCAUUAAAAUUCUUUGAAUCUUUGUGAUGAAUGUCAACUUCUAGUUGGUAGCUUUAACUUACACAAACAACAUACGCAAACAUUUUACUAGUUUAGUAGUAGCACAUUUGCGUUUGUUGGUUUUUACAAUGGUUGUGUAAUAAAAAUGUUAAGUCAUUUAUCAAUUCACAACAUUCGUUGUAUAAUACCACAAAUGUAAAAACAAUUUGUGAACUAAA